UAUCUAUAAAUACACGGCACGUCUCUACUGCGCAACCUCUCUUUUCUCUCUUCCGCCUUCGCAAUCGCUGAGCUAAUCAGCUCCCCUCUUUCUCUCUCCUUGGAGCCAUCUCCCUCUCAUGGCUUCCCAGGCGAGUCUCCUCCUUCAAAAGCAGCUCAAAGAUCUUUGCAAGAACCCGGUGGACGGGUUCUCGGCGGGUCUUGUGGAUGAGACCAAUAUCUUCGAAUGGAGCGUAACGAUUAUUGGACCGCCAGAUACUCUUUAUGAGGGUGGUUUUUUCAAUGCCAUUAUGAGCUUUCCACCCAACUACCCAAACAGCCCUCCAACAGUGAAGUUUACUUCGGAGAUAUGGCAUCCUAACGUUUAUCCCGAUGGUCGUGUUUGUAUAUCAAUUCUUCAUCCUCCUGGUGACGACCCAAAUGGUUAUGAGCUUGCAAGUGAGCGCUGGACACCGGUCCAUACGGUUGAAAGUAUAGUUUUGAGUAUAAUAUCAAUGCUUUCCGGUCCCAAUGACGAAUCCCCUGCAAACGUUGAAGCUGCAGUGGUAGAAGUCAUCAACUCCAAGGGAUUGGCUCAAGUGGUAAGGGCAUUUGUCUUUGUGGUAGUCCUAUGAGGUCUAAGGUCUGAAUUCCCUUGGAUGCAAACAAUUUCUUGGGGCCAGCUCGUCGGCGAAACCGGAGUAUUACUUGAUCCGUGUGGAGAUGGCGCUUUAUACGGAUUUGAGGUUUACCUGACAGGAUUGGAUACACGAAGUGGCCUUGCCUUGAAGGGGUUUCUCGUCAUUAAAAAAAAAAGGAAAAAAAGAAAAAAAAAAAAAAGGUGGUAGAAGUCAUCAAAGAAUGCUAUGCAUGCUUAGAGGAUCUUGGAAAUAGAGACAUUUACUUCUAUUACUUCACACCCAUUUUAUCACACACAUUUCACACCGGCUGAUGUGGGAUGAGUUGAAUGGCCACUUAAAAAAGCGGAACUUUAUUGCCUUUAUUCAGCUUAUGCCAUGUCAACGGUGUGAAGUGAGUGUAAUAAAAUGGAUGUAAAGUGUAGCAUUACUCCACAAAUGUUGUAUCUGACUGGGAUCUCAUUAGACCAUAUAUAUCUUUACCUUCUAAUAAAGAUAAAUCUGUCCAGAAUUAAA